GAGCCUUGACAAGUCAGUAAGCCUUUUGCCUGCUCUCUCUAUCCUCCCCACAUGCCUCUUCCCUGCUAUUGCCCUGUUCUCCAGGGCAGGGCCAGCCUGGGGAUGGGCAGCAUGUGCUGCUCUGCCUGUGUGGGUGGGUCACUUCUGGCAGCAAGCUGUCCCCAACCUGAAGGGCAAGUGCUGCCUGUCUCUGCCAGCUGCUGGGGCCCUGGAGUGUCCUUGUGCGUGGUCCCUUCCCUGCUCCCCAAGAUGUGACUUGGCCGGACAAGGGCUAAUGGACUGUGCUAGGCACCCUGCCCAGGGGCAGGUGGCAUGCCAUGGGCAGUCACUAGGCUCUGGUGCAGCUCUCCCAGUGGUGGUUUUUUGAACAUGUCUUAUUCUUGCUCUGUCCUUUCUCCUUCUGGCCCUUGGGGCCAGUAUCACACUAUCAGUCCAAAGUCGGUCCUUCGUGGGCCAGGUCUUUACUGGAGAGGAGUAGAAGGGUGGGGAGUAAGGACACAUGUGGUGUCUUGAGUACUGGUGUGCUGUGGUUCUUCGCCAGGGGAGGUGUGGGGCAGCCCCAGGGAAAUGAUGCCAUGAGAUCUGUCAGAUUUGACAGAUGACUCUGUCACUCGCAGGCAGCCCCCUCAGCUGCUGGAGCCCCCCAGCAGCCCCGUGUGCGACCCUGUGAAGCUGCGGAUGUUAGAGGACAUUGAUGACUCGCAGCCCCACAGCUGGACCUCCCAGUCCCGCUCCUUCCGCAAACUGACCCGGCUGGUGGGCGCAGACAGCAUGGAGGAUGGUGAGGAUGAGCUUGUUAAAAAGCCCAGGGAUACCCAUGGGUCCGGCUGGGGCACAGUGGAGCAGUGGCAGCCCCCUCAGCCACUGGAGCCCCCCAGAAGCCCCGGGUGUGAUCCUGGGAAGCUGCGGAUGUUAGAGGACGCUGAGGACUGGCAGCCCCGCACCGGGACCUCCCAGUCCCGCUCCUUCCGCAAACUGGCCCAGCUGACGGGCACAGAUGGCAUGGAGGAUGGUGAGGAUGAGCUUGUUAAAAAGCCCAGGGAUGCCCAUGGGUCCAGCUGGGGCACGGUGGAGCAGCGGCAGCCCCCUCAGCCACUGGAGCCCCCCAGAAGCCCCGGGUGUGAUCCUGGGAAGCUGCGGAUGUUAGAGGACGCUGAGGACUGGCAGCCCCGCACCGGGACCUCCCAGUCCCGCUCCUUCCGCAAACUGGCCCAGCUGACGGGCACAGAUGGCAUGGAGGAUGGUGAGGAUGAGCUUGUUAAAAAGCCCAGGGAUGCCCGUGGGUCCAGCUGGGGCACGGUGGAGCAGCGGCAGCCCCCUCAGCUGCUGGAGCCCCCCAGCACCCCUGGGUGCAACCCUGGGAAGCUGCGGAUGUUAGAGGACGCUGAGGACUGGCAGCCCCGCACCGGGACCUCCCAGUCCCGCUCCUUCCGCAAACUGGCCCAGCUGACGGGCACAGAUGGCAUGGAGGAUCAUGAUGAGAUGUUUGUUAGGAAGCCCAGCCAGGUCUCCGUGUCGGACCCAUCUCCAGGAGCAGCGAUGAAGACUGAGCCAGGACUGGCCCCCAGGACCCCCACUGCCACCCCGGGCCCCACCAGCCGCCCACCGUGGGCUGUGGACCCGUCGUUCGCCGAGCGCUACGCUCCGGACAAGACGAGCACGGUGGUGAGCAAGCACAGCCAGCCGGCCACGCCGACCCCCAUGCAGAACCGCAGCUCCAUCGUGCAGGCGGCCCAGCAGGCCCCCGAGGGGCCCGGCUGCACCCCCCUCUGCUACAAGUGCAACAAGGUCAUCAGGGGACGGUACCUGGUGGCAUUGGGACAUUAUUACCAUCCCGAGGAGUUCACCUGCUGCCAGUGCAGGAAGGUGCUGGAUGAGGGCGGCUUCUUUGAGGAGAAAGGUUCCAUCUUCUGCCCCAAGUGCUACGAUUCACGCUACGCGCCCAGCUGUGCCAAGUGCAAGAAGAAGAUCACUGGAGAGGUCAUGCAUGCUCUGAAGAUGACCUGGCACGUGCAGUGCUUCACUUGCAAUGCCUGCAAAACUCCCAUCCGCAACCGAGCCUUCUACAUGGAGGAGGGACAGCCCUACUGUGAGAGAGACUACGAGAAGAUGUUUGGCACCAAGUGCCGUGGCUGUGACUUCAAGAUCGAUGCUGGGGACCGGUUCCUGGAGGCCCUGGGGUUCAGCUGGCACGACACUUGCUUCGUCUGUGCGAUCUGCCAGACCAACCUGGAAGGGAAGACAUUCUACUCCAAGAAAGACAAGCCGCUCUGCAAGAGCCAUGCUUUCUCCCAUGUGUGAGGGGUGGAAGUUCAGCUGUGCCCACGCGUGCCCCUGGCCCUGCAUGCUCCUCUCCUCCCAUCCUGAUGCCUCCAGGGAGCCAGGCUGGGCCUUUGGCCCUUCCCCUUGCUCCUACCUCUUUCCUGGCAGCUCCUGGCCUGAAUUCAGCUGGAGACAGUGCUGGGUGCAGAGCCCUUAUAGCUGGGUGACUUCUUCUGUGCUUCCUGACUGGCCCUAGGAGCCCUGGGAAGGGGAUGCUGCAUGGAUUUCCUGCCCCUGAACCACGCAGCAUAGUGGGCACAGCCGUGCUGAGGCUGGAAUCGGGGAUGCUCUGGUGCAACCAGGCUGCUCCCUUGCUGCCUGGCAGCUCAGUGCUGGGGCAGGGAUGUUCCUAACACAUCCCUAAAUGGGUGAGGACCAGCCCCCUGCCACACUCUUCCUCACCUUCCCUGCUGUGUGCUUAGUGCAUGGGGCUGGAGACCCAGCCCUGCUCCCCUACCCACAGCAACCCCCCAAUCAUCCCACAAACUGCUGCAGUGGCUUCCUGCCCUGGCUGCAUUCCAAGGGGAGUCCAUGCCUUGCAACCCCACUGCUCCCCUGAGGCUGGCAGCACCCCCAGCCUGGUGUGCCCCAGCCCUGGGCUGGCAGCUUGUGUUGAUGGCCAGCUGGCUCUGCAAGGCUUGGGCACGGCUUCCUGCCAAAGAGUGCUCUGUCACCACCGUCCUGGGCCCAUCGAUGCCUCCCCCCAACCCACACCCUCUGGUCGGGCUGCACUGAUGUAGCCACGGUGCUUUUAAUGCCUUUAAUAAACACAUCUCUGCGAGUGCC